AUGCCUUUGGACACGAUAUAUCUGACUCGUCAUGGGCAUCGCCUUAACUGGACCAUUGACUUUCGCACGGGCAUCUACAACGCUCAAUUUCCCACGCCGACAGGAAACCCAGCAGACCCUGCGCUGACCUCGCACGGUGUUCAGCAGUCGCACGAGUUGGCUGAGCACAUUGCUGGCCCUGGAUUUCACCCGAAGCCAUUCCGCGUCUACUCGAGUCCGUUCUAUCGCUGCCUUCAAACCAUCCAGCCGUCGGUCGAAGAGCUCAAGAGACUCUUCGCUGAAUCUGAGAAGAGUCAGACUGAUGGUGAGAUUGGGUCAAUUGAUCGGCAUGCGGAAUUUGAUGUUCGAAUUGAGAAUGGGUUAGGAGAAUGGUUCGGCGCCACAGACUUCUUCGACCACCCGGCUCACCCAGCCCGCGAAAUAAUGUCCACCCACUUUCCAACCCUUCUCCCAGAAGCCGAUCAAAGCUACAAACCCCUACUCAUCCCCUCAAGACGCGGUGAGACAAUUCUACAGCUCCACAACCGCGUCGCAACAGCCCUGGAAGGCAUAAUCGCCGACAUCGAUGCAGAAGUCUCUGCCCUGGAAGCAGAGCUACCACCAGACCAAAGAACCAGCAAGUCCGUCCUGAUCUGCGCGCAUGCUGCGCCGCUCAUUGCCAUGGGACGGGCUCUUACAGGCCACAUGCCGGAUGAUAGUUCUGAAGAGGACUUUAAUGUUUUCACGGCGGGGUUGAGUACUUUUAAGAGGAGGGAGCCUUCUUCUACUGCUAGUGCUGGGCAGAGCAGUGACCAGGAAGAAAGUUCAAAUGAGAAACCGCUUGCUGAUGGUACGACAUUUAUCCGCGCGUCAGCGUCUCCGCCGCAGUGGAAGAACGGGCAGGGCGUUGGGGGUGGAUGGGAUUGUGUCGCCAACGGUGAUUGUAGCUUUUUGAGCGGUGGUGCCGAGCGUGGAUGGCACUUUAACGGCGAAGAAUCUUUCAAUACGGGCCCUAUGGCUCCACCUUCGGAGCCACCUGCAAUCGCAGGUGCCACAAAGUUGUAA